AUGAAGACGUUAUCCGACGACCAGCUCGUAAGCCUGGCAGGCCAAUACUUUGCCCCCAAAGACUUGUAUAAGUACACGAAAAGUCUACCGUUUCUCGGCGACCUGAAGUGUAACACAACGUCACUCGUGGCAGGCCAAUGGACCGAGAUCAUCACCGAAUACACAAUCGGUGCCAGUGGACUCGCCGACGGAGCUUGGAUCAAGGGAACCUUCAAAUUCUACUCCGACUGGGCCUUGUUCCAAACUUCGGACCCCAAGCAGGACAACUAUGUCUCGGCCGAGUACGCCCCCGGCCCGCUGCAUGACGGUCAGACGCCGGCAACGGUACAGUCGCUGUCUGUUCGCUUCGACCAGAAGGGUCAUGAAAGACCGUUCCAGAAGGCCAUCAUCAUCGACAUUGUUGAUGGGUACAUGAACCCUGGCGAUAAAAUCACUAUCCGUAUUGGCGACAGGCGAUGGGGCUCGCGCGGGACACGGGUGCAGACCUUUGUGGAGGAUAAGUUCCUGAUGAGAUGGUACAUCGACCCGGUUGGGACCUCAAGAUUCGCGCCCAUCAAGCCAGACAUUGCGUUUCCCAUCAACCCCGGACCUGUUGCCCGGAUCAAGGCCAUCACUCCUCGUCUCGUUAAAGCAGAUGUUGCUUUCCCCAUCCACAUUCAUACGGAAGAUGCGUGGGGCAACGCGACGACCAAUCUCAACGGGUUGGAAAGUCAAGUGACCAUUAAGAAAAAAGGUUCUGACGUAGUCUGGGAGCGUCGUUUGUCUUUCCCCAGCCAAGGCUGGACCGUCGUCAACGACACUGUAUCCCUGGAUUCUGACGGUGACUACGAAGUGUCAGUGACGGUACUCAACAGUGACAGUCCCGUCGUCAAAACACAAGACUACAUCUCUGUCGAGUCGUCGAUUCCUAUCCCCCGCCCACUCUACGCAGAUCUCCACGUUCACUCGGAUGACACAGUGGGCACCAACUCAACGACGUACAACUUUUCAUAUGCCCAACAGAUCGCUGGCCUCGACAUUGUGGGCUACACAGCCAACGACUUCAACAUCACCAAGGAGCGCUGGGAAAAGACGCUGGAGAUCAUCAAGCAGGUCAACUCGGAGGGCGAGUUCGUCGUAUUCCCCGGCACGGAAUGGUGCGGCAACUCCGCGGCAGGUGGGGACCACAAUGUUGUCUUCCUCGACGAUCCAGAGACGAGUCGUCCCGAGUUCCCCUUUGACAGGAACGGCAACGUGGCGCGUAGUUUCGAGUGGAACGAGAACGGUCCGGCGGAACUGGUGCCGGGCGCCUGGCCCCUUGACGAAGUGUAUGCCACCUACGCCCAUUCACCAGAAAAGCAUCUCCUCAUCCCGCAUGUUGGCGGCCGGAGGUGUAAUCUAGCGUGGCAUCAUCCUCAGCUGGAACGUCUGCUCGAGAUCGGUAGUGCAUGGGGCCUCUUCGAGUGGCUCCUCCGCGACGCUGUGACCCGUGGCUGGGAGAUGGGAGUUUCGGCCAACUCGGACGAGCACCGUGGCCGUUGUGGUGGCGGGGUGCCGGGAACGGCCGUGUUUGGCACCAAGGGCGGCUUAACCGGCGUUCUGGCCGAUAACCUGGAACGCAGUGAGGUUGCGAAGGCGCUUCGCAGCCGUAGGACGUUUGCCACCACAGGAGAACGACUCGUCGGCCUGGUCAGCACGGGCAAUGGCGAACUCCAAGGCGACGACGUGGUUGUGAGAGCCGGUGAGUCUGUGAAACUCACAUAUCGCUUCUUCGGCUCGAGUGGCUUCUCCUCAGUCGAGGCUUGGGAUGCCAGUGGGCGAGUCUUCCAUCGUGACCUCCAGCAGGAAGCGUCCGAGCACGCAGAGAAGUCGACGCCUAGAAAGAUUCGCGUCAAAUGGGGAGGCGCCCGUGUCUACGAUAGAUACCGCGAGACGGUUUGGCAAGGCUCGAUCCUCGUCCCAGGCGCCGUCAUCUCGUACGUGCAGCCGUUUGGGGGCGUGUCGGACAAUAGUGAGGACUUCGUGAAGCGGAUCUCUGAUUCGCAAGUCGUCUUUGACACACGCACUAGCGGUGACUUUGACGGCGUCGACAUUUUCCUAGCCGAAACCUCUGAUGCGCCUUCAACUAUCAGAGUCUCGGGCCACGUAGGCGGAUAUGUGAAAGUUGGCGACGCACUCAAGGGCAAUCCACACAAGCCCCAGCCGCGGUUCGAUUUAGUCGUCAGUGAAGAGGAAGCAAAGAAACCCAGCGGGAUAAAGGAGGAGAUUCGCGGUGGCGCAGAGCUCUUCGUCUCUGUCGAGAGUUUGCUGGCUGUGCCGCUGCCCAGGAGAGUCGAAGGCAGUUUCAUGGUUACGGCAGGCUCUUUGGACACCGGUCACAGUCGAGCUGUCUAUUUUGUUGGAAGAGAGCACUCGGGUGGCAAGGUUAUUACCAGUCCUGUAUUUAUUAAAAGCAAGGUGGAAUAG